CAUUAAGCUGACACGCCGUGAUAUAACUGGAAUAAUGUUAAAAGCGGCGUUAAACCCAACUCACUCACUCACUCACUCAUAGGAGUGUUUGAAAGGUGGCAAAAGGAGCGGUUACAUCGCCCUAUUGGGGAAAAUUUGGGACUAUCGUCAUCAAUUUUCAAUCAAAAGUUUAUGCAACAGAGCGCCGGAGAUUUAAAUGUUGGCUUAAAGUUUUUCCUUUUUGAGGCCAGAAAAACCAAUGGAGAACUAUAUCCCGCUACAAUUGUUUAUGGGCUCUUUACCGCACUAGCAUCAGCUCUAAAAGCAAGUGGCUCAUCCUUCAAAUUAAUGGAUGAUGACAUAUUUCAAGACAGUCGGAAAGCUCUGGACGCAGUCAUGCGUGAGCGAUGCCGAGGAGCCGAUUGCAGAAAGCCGACCGAGGUGAUAACAAGAGAAGAGGAGGAUGCUCUGUGGAAGAAAGGUGCUCUUGGCGACAGCUCUCCUCAACAGUUACUGGAUACAGUUUUAUAUCUUACAGGUCUUCAUUUUGCUUUACGAGGCGGAAAAGAGCAUCGUGCUCUGAGGCUUCACUUGAAUCCUCAGAUCACCGGCCCUUACACUGAUCAGAAUGGGCGCAGGUAUUUAGAGUACGUUGAAGAUGUGUCCAAAACCAACCCGGGUGGUAUUCGGGAGCGUAAGGUGGAGAAAAAAAGGGCCUGGGAAUACGAGAACACGGAACAUCCGGAGAGAUGUUACCUGAAGGUUUUUGAAAAAUACAAAUCCUUGUGCCCCCAGUCGCCUACACGGCCGAAUGCUUUCUACUUCGCUGCCCAAAAAAAACCAAGGGAGGAAAAGUGGUUUUUGGAAUCGCCAGUGGGUCAUAAUACUCUACAAACACUGUGAAGCGGUUGUGCCAGAUGGCCGGACCUAUUGGCAGAAUGACGAACCAUUCCUUGCGAUCAACAGCUGCCACCCGCCUGUAUGAGGCUAGUAUUAGCGAGCAGCAGAUUUGCGAACACACAUCUAGGCAUAAAUAUUGACUUUUUUUAUUGUUCUAAAGGUUUUAACAGAAGAUAAUGAAGGUGUUAGAUUAAUUUUAUCUGACCAGUUUUCCUUUUUUUUAGAAAUAUGCAUCCCUAAACUUCAAGAUAUAAGUUGUAAAUACAUAUAAAUAUUUGUAUAUGUAUAGUUUGAGGUCAAACGUGUCCUUCAAAACUAAUUUGAUAGACAUUCAAGUAUUCACGCAAAAUCGAGGGUCCAUUUUGUCAUUUUUUACAAAAAUUAUCUUUAUUAACUUAAAAUUGCGAUAUGAAAAUGAUUUUCGUAAUCGGUGGCUUGUGGUUGCAAAGGCGUCAUAACGUAUAUUUGAUUAUUUGUCAUAAAAACACACUUAAAAAAGACAUUUUAAU